AUACGUCACGCGUUGCCGCGCAGCUACUUCAACCAAUUAAGCGGGCACUCCUUUUAUCCUGUCGUGGCCCCGAGGCCUCGAGGCCCGGCUUGCCUGUCGAGGUCCGCUUGUCUGUUGUCUCUUUCUUCUUGAGCCUCAAGCUUACACUAUCACCAAGACUCGGUCUCCGUCCCCGAACCCGGUCUUGCGCGGAGGCCCACCCAUGAUCGGCGCCGAAGUUCAGACCUCUCCAAGUGUCGACACAAGAUGCCAUCAUGCACAAGUCGAGCAGGUCAAGCAAACACAAGUCGAAGAGCGGAGGAGGCAGAGGCGGGAGUACAUGGAGUGCGUGGAGUGAUUGGCAGUGGAAUCCAGAUUACCAGAAGAACUACAGGUACCGCAUGAACAGCAAUGGCGAAUACGACUAUGAGUGGCAGGAUAUUGCGACGCCGGCGCCGGUACCGCAAGACGACUUCACUCCCCGGGCAGUAGACGAACUCACGGAAACCAUGGACAACCUCGAUCUGCCGCCUACUACCGAGAGCAGUUAUGGUUACGAAGGGCAGGAUACCGAGCAUAAUGAUCCAUCCUACAUGUAUGAACCUUCGGCGACAUCCCAUGGCAGCUCAGGUAGAUCUAGGAAAGGGAAAGAGACAGCCUACGCCCCAGAACCACACGAUGGGGAAAGUCCUCCGCCUGAAGACCCACCUCCCCCGGCAGCACCGCCAUUAGAUCCAUUCUGGGGCGCGGAGGGAGGCACCACUGGGCUACAGGACGAAGAAUUAACUCCCCCGCAAGCUGGUGCAGAAAGCCUAUAUCACGAGUCUGAGGGAUAUGGGAUAGCUCGUGAUCCAAUUCCGGCUACAUACAGUCAAGACUCUGGAUACGCAACCGCCGAUCUAGAUGACUUUGAUGAUCCGAUUGUGCAAGAGGCUAUGUCGAACCGCAACGAAAUGUAUGGGACUUCCGGUCACGGCGGGUCAUCGACAGAUCCCGCAUAUGGUACAGCUUAUCCAGCGUACGAGGAGGACGACGGUGCGGCAACACCAAAAGGCCGCCAAAGUCCUACACCGUCCUUCGACAUAAGCGGCACUCAUGGGUCUGCUGAAGAUCUUGACCCUCGUUACGUCGUUGAACCGUCACACAAAUUCCGGCCCGGAUCGGUCUUCAAGGUUCUAUGGUCGGAGCCAUCCGGCUCUCACGCCGCAGGAAACUCGACAAUUUCCGAGAAGCAGCAAAUUCAAGACCAAUUUGGAGGGUCUGUGUUCAUCGGUUUCAGGCGCUUCAUUGUCAUUGCGAAUGACGAAGGGCACUGCACCUGCGUGCCAAUCCUCACGUACCAAGGCAAAGCUUGCAACAAGAGGGGCGUGAAAGCCCACAAGCACGGCAUGAUCUACAGCCACAAGCCUCAUCGACCGCUUCGCGAUGAGCCAAAGCUCGGAUUCCCACCAGUCCGGGCCAAGAUCACGAUAGAGGGAGAAAAGCUCGCCAAAGAAUCGCGCGUCAACUACUCCAAGCUUGUCACGGUCGAACACAACGUCAAGGUCUUCUUCAUCGGCUACAUCAGCCCGGACGACUUUGAAGACGUUGAGUAUGCCGUCGACGACUGCUGGAGAAGAAGACCCGAGCGAAGAAGAAGUCAAGAAAAUAAGCAGACAUUUUUGUCUGCAAACAUGUUUGCGUCUCUGUCACAAAUUGUGAUGGCAGCACAUUUUAACACAUUAUACGUUUGGGGGAGCUAGGUCGACCUACACUCCUCUAUCACGAUGAGACGACAGUCUAUUUUGCCGACAACCCGGCUCAUUUACUACGCUAUUAUUGCGGAAGCUAUGAUAUGAUGAUUCACAUGUUAUCAAACAUUUACUUGGAUUUAUCUGGCAUCAGAUUGUUAUUCACAGGGAGUUGGCAGCAUUAGCAGCAUUGAUGCAGGCUCAAAC